GUGAGUGUUGGGAGUGCUGUAUAGCUUCAAGUCAGUCAAUCGAUUGCAUCAUGUCUAAGCCUAUCUACCUCGGUGUUGUUGGCGUUGGGGGCGUCGGCACGGCCUUUCUGAACCAGCUGGCUCGCCUGCCCAAUCCUCCCCAGCUGGUGCUCCUGGCUCGUUCAUCGCUGACUCUUCUCUCACCAACGCCUUCUUACUCGCCCGCCAUCCCCGCCGGGGACUGGAAGACCGCCUCGGCCGGUGCCUCGCUGACUACUCGGCCCGCGCUGUCCCCCGAGGAGAUCGCCGAGUACCUGGCCGCUGCGCCCGGGCGGGCAGUCCUAGUCGACAACACGUCUGACGUGACGCUGGCAAGCGCGUACCCGACUUUCCUGCGCAAGGGCAUCUCCAUCGUCACCCCGAACAAGAAGGGGUUCUCGUCGGACAUCUCGCUGUGGCGUGAGAUCUUCGCCGCGGCGUCCGAGGGCCGCGCCCUCGUCUACCACGAGAGCACGGUGGGCGCCGGCUUGCCGGUGAUCUCGACGCUGCGCGAUCUGGUCGCGACGGGCGACCGGGUAACUCGCAUCGAGGGUGUCUUCUCGGGUACUCUCUCCUUCCUGUUCAACACGUUCGCCCCCGUCGGUAGCUCCUCGACCGCCAAGUGGAGCGAGGUUGUCGCCCAGGCCAAGGAGCUGGGGUACACGGAGCCCGACCCGCGCGACGACCUGAACGGGAUGGACGUUGCGCGCAAGCUGACCAUCCUGGCGCGUAUCGCUGGACUCGAGGUCGCCCGGCCGGACGCCUUCCCGAUCAAGUCGCUCAUCCCCGCCGAGCUGGCCGACAUCCCUUCCACAUCCGAGGGAAUCCAGCAGUUCAUGAGCCGGCUGCCGGAGUUUGACGGCCAGAUGACUGAGAUCAAGGAGUCCGCCGAGCGCGCCGGGAAGGUCGUGCGCUACGUCGGCAGCAUCGAUGUCGCCGCGGGCAAGGUCAACGUCGGCCUGCAGCAGUUCGACAAGGAUAGCGCCAUCGCAGGGCUCAAGGGCAGCGACAACAUUAUCUCCUUCUACACCGAGCGUUACGGUGCCAACCCGCUGAUCGUCCAGGGCGCCGGCGCUGGUGGCGAUGUCACUGCCAUGGGCGUCACGGCAGACCUUCUCAAGGUGUUGGCCAUUCUAAACUAG